AUGCCUCCACGCAUACGACCUCUCCUUCGCCGGCCGCAAUGGCGUCCUUAUCAUCCAUCACCUCGUCUUCGGGCUGAACCUUCUCGGCCUUCUAUAGCUCAAAAACCGACCAUUGACAUCAAGCACAUCCGCCAAAAUCCGGACCUCUAUACCCAGAACGCGAUUGAGCGAAACUACGGAGCGCAGAGUUCGAAUCCGCAACGUAUCAAUGAGCUGUUUGCGCAAUGGCAGGGGCAUCAGCGGGAUGGUCGAUCUAUGCGCGAACAAAGCAAUGUCCUACAAGCUGCGCUCGCGAAUCCGAAAUCUGCCAGACACCAGGACGCCGCGCGAGCGAUUGGAUUCGAAGAUUUGAGCAGAGAUGGGAUUAUUGCCGCCAGCCGUAGCCUGAAGAGUAAACUGGCGAGCAUCGAAACGGAAGAGGCGAAAUUGACUAGGUCGAUCGAAGGGCUGGCCCUCGAACUGCCGAAUUUCACAAGCCCCGACACCCCGCGCGGGCACGAACCAAAGGUGCUGAGCUACAUCAAUGAGCAUCCGUCUGGGGAGUCGGAAAAGUCUCACGUCGACAUUGGAACCUCUCUUGGGAUACUCGACUUUGCGAGCGCAGGCUCGACGUCUGGGUGGGGAUGGUACUACCUUAUGGGCGCCGCGGCACAACUCGAGCAGGCGCUGGUGCAGUUUGCGCUUUCGAAGGCAACGGCACGCGGAUGGACACUUGUGGCGCCACCGAGUAUUGUUUACUCUCACGUCGCGGCAGCCUGUGGAUUCAUGCCACGAGACCAGAGCGGCGAGACGCAGAUAUAUACGAUUGCGCAGGGGGAGGGGGAUGUGGCUCGAGGGCGUCCAGAGCUGUGUCUCGCGGGCACGGCGGAGAUUCCACUCGCGGGGAUGGGAGCGGGUGCGUUGUUGGAUUCUGCGGUGCUUCCGAGGAAGUAUGUCGCUGCCAGCCGCUGUUAUCGCGCAGAGGCAGGCGCGAGAGGAGUCGAUACGAAGGGGUUAUACCGUGUGCACGAGUUUACAAAGGUGGAGCUGUUUUCAUGGACCACACCGGAGCUCGAGGCCGCGACAGAGGUGUUUGAGGAGAUUGUGGACAUGCAGGUGGAGGUUCUGCGCGAGCUGGGACUGCACUGCCGCGUGCUCGAGAUGCCGAGCACUGACCUUGGCGCGAGCGCUUUCCGGAAGAAGGAUAUCGAGGCGUUCUUUCCGUCGCGGAGAGGGAGGGAUGGGGGGUAUGGGGAGGUCACGUCGGCGAGCGUGUGUACGGAUUUUCAGGCGCGGCGGCUCGGGACGAAGAUGAGUCGGGGGGGAAAGAAGGAGUGGGUGUAUACAGUUAAUGGGACGGGCAUGGCAGUGCCGAGGGUGCUCGCGGCGGUGUUGGAGAAUGGGUGGGAUGAGAGGAGGGGACAGGUGGCGGCCCCCGAGUGUUUAUGGCCGUGGAUGGGGGGGUUGAAGGUUAUUAAGGGGAAGAUUGUAGUAUAA